CCCAAAUCUGGUAAAAUGGGGAAGUUGAAAGUGGCCUUGUGCCAUAUGGCAUUGCACUAGAACAAUAAAUACACACACAUUUCCACCAGAGCCCUUGAGCAAUACAGUACAUCUGAAGAUCAACGGCAAAUAGUCACAAUGAGUGGUUUGUAUGUCACACAUAUACAACUUCUGGCAUGGCACCCUGUACUCGGAAACUGUUUCUGCACUGGGAAAUUGUUCUGUGCAACUCCCCACAAGGAAAAGUAGGAUGUCCUCAGAUGCCUUACCAGUUGCCUUUCCAGUAUUUCAACACUCAAGUCAAAGCAGAUCACCAUUGGAGAGGACUCUUAACAUACGGCAAAGGGUGUAGGUCUGGUGUCCCAGUUCUAAGGAGAGGGGCUUAUUUUGUCUACAUGAUGCAUGUGACGUUCAAUGAUGUCGCUGUGUACAUGACGGAGGAGGAAUGGCGGAAAUUGGACUCUGGGCAGCUGCAACUAUACAUGGAAGUCAUGAAUGAAAACUAUGCAAGUUUACAGUCCCUGGGACUUCCAGUCCCAGAACCUGAACUGUUACAGCGUGCCAAGCAACAGAUGUGGAGGAAGAGGCCUUUGUACGAAGCCGGAGAACGGUCUUAUAAACCUCUCCGACCAGGACUUCCAGUCCCAGAUCCGGAACUGUUACAGCGUGCCAAGCAACAGAUGUGGAGGAAGAGGCCUUUGUACGAAGCUGGAGAACGGUCUUAUAAACCUCUCCGACCAGCUUCGUAUGGCCUCGGUGAGACGAUAUCACGGACCUCUGGAUAUCCGGAAAUUGAAGAAAACGGCAUCGACAUGGACACCCUGAAGAAGGACCCCAUCCUCUGUAAACAGAAGUUACAAGACUGGGAAUUGGAGCAUCACAUGAUCGCAGCUUUAGGAUGUGAACCUCCCGAUCCAACCCAGAACAUUCCGGAGUCGCACCAAAAGGAGCAGAACAGCCUUGCCUCUUUCAGGAAGAAAAUGUUACGCGAUUCCAGCCUAGAGCCAAAAUGCCUCGAGUGUAAUGGCAUCUUAAGAUGCUACUGUGACAUGCUGAAGCAAAACGUAAAGAAGCCAUUCGCGUGCGAGGACUGCGGAAAAUCUUACCGCCAGCAAAUGUACCUCCUUUUACACCAGAAGUCACACUUCCAAGAACACCUCUACAAGUGCCCUUUGUGCGAAAAAAGCUUUGACAAAGAUUUGGUGCUAAGGAAACACAUGAGGACCCACCAGGGACUGACCGAAAAACACCUGAAUUCCUGCCGGAGGGCCACCAGGACACCACCGGACACCUUGCCAAUAGCCACCGGGAUGCCACCGGACACCACAGCCACCGGGACACCACUGGGAGCCCCGCAGGCCGCCUUAUACAGCUGUGAACAAUGCCAAGAAGUCUUCCCCAGCAAAAACCUUCUAAAGAUCCACAGCCGGGACCACAAGAAAGGGAAAACGCACUCCUGUUUGAUAUGCGGGCAGAUCGUCCGGUCGUAUGCUGAACUUGACAUACAUGUGAAGGGGCACAAGAAGCCCUACAGAUGCAGCGUGUGUGGAAAGAUCUUUACCAAUAGGCCAGAUUUCAUGGCCCACUUCCGUGAACACUCCGGGGAGCAGUUAUACAAGUGUAAAGUCUGCAAGAAAGGUUAUAGCAGGAUAUCCUUUUUAUUUAAACACGUAAGGGUUCAUUUAUCUCAGACCGCCCAAAUAUCAAAGCCGGACCAACCAUCACUCCCGGAAGAGUACAAGGAGGAGCUUAGAGAAACUGAAAACACAACCGUCUUCCAUGGAUUGCCCCAGAAAGAGGAGGAGUUCACUGGAAUGCCCCUCAGCUGCUUUUCUUCCACACCAAAGGCCAACAUGGACACAGCCAACAUGGACACAGCCAACAUGGACACAGCCAACAUGGACAGCGAACAAACUUUGAAAGUCAGGAAUGAACAUCCUGUAGAAUUUGAACCAGUUGAAAAAGGCAAACGGAUAAAGUGCAAAAAAUGUAAAAAGCGGUUUCGAUACCGGGAAUCAUUCAGAAGACACAGAAAGUCCCACCAGAUCAGGUUCACGUGCCGCCGGUGUGGACAGGUCUUCCGCAAACUGGUCGAAUUAUACCUCCAUAGACGCGAACACAAGAGCUACAGGCCGUUCAUGUGUAAGCACUGCACCAAAACCUUCAGCUCCAGAUCGCUGCUGCUCCUGCACCUCCGUUCUCACGACCUUUCCGAGAAGGGCAGCCGAUAUCCGUGUGCCUAUUGUAGGAAGGUCUACAGGUCACAAGCUAACUGCAUUUUUCACCAGAAAACCCACAUCUAUAAGCCAGCUGAGAGCCCGCCCGAAAAUAACUUUGCGACCUUCAGCAAUAUUCAGAUCACUCCGUUUUCUGACCAGAAUAGUGUGGCGAAUACGCCGUGUGAAGAAGUUCUGCCUGCUAAGAUCUCCAUCAAGCCAGCUAAUGGCCCACCCAAAACGAACUUUGCGACCUUCGGCAAUAUUCAGAUCGCUCCGUUUUCUGACCAGAAAAGUGUGGCGAAUACGCCGUGUGAAGAAGUUCUGCCUGCUAAGAUCUCCGUCAAGCCAGCUAAUGGCCCACCCAAAACUAACUUUGCGACCUUCGGCAAUAUUCAGAUCGCUCCGUUUUCUGACCAGAAAAGUGUGGCGAAUACGCCGUGUGAAGAAGUUCUGCCUGCUAAGAUCUCCGUCAAGCCAGCUAAUGGCCCACCCAAAACUAACUUUGCGACCUUCGGCAAUAUUCAGAUCACUCCGUUUUCUGACCAGAAAAGUGUGGCGAAUACGCCGUGUGAAGGUCUUCCUGCUAAGAUCUCCGUCAAGCCAGCUAAUGGCCCACCCAAAACGAACUUUGCGACCUUCGGCAAUAUUCAGAUCGCUCCGUUUUCUGACCAGAAAAGUGUGGCGAAUACGCUGUGUGAAGAAGGUCUGCCUGCUAAGAUCUUUGUCAAGCCAGCUAAUGGCCCACCCAAAACUAACUUGGCGACCUUCGGCAAUAUUCAGAUCGCUCCGUUUUCUGACCAGAAAAGUGUGGCGAAUACGCUGUGUGACGGUUUGCCUGCUAAGAACCCUGUCAAACCAGCUAAUGGCCCACCCAAAACCAACUUGACGACCUUCGGCAAUAUUCAGAUCACUCCGUUUUCUGACCAGAAAAGUGUGGCGAAUACACCGUGUGAAGGUCUGCCUGCUAAGAUCUCUGUCAACUUAGCUAAUGGCCCACCCAAAACCAACUUGACAACCUUCGGCAAUAUACAGAUCGCUCCGUUUUCUGACCAGAAAAGUGUGGCGAAUACGCCGUGUGAAGAAGGUCUGCCUGCUAAGAUCUCUGUCAAGCCAGCUAAUGGCCCACCCAAAACUAACUUGACGACCUUCGGCAAUAUUCAGAUCGCUCCGUUUUCUCACCAGAAAAGUGUGGCGAAUACGCCGUGUGAAGAAGGUCUGCCUGUCAAGAUCUCCGUCAAGCCAGCUAAUGGCCCACCCAAAACUAACUUGAUGACCUUCGGCAAUAUACAGAUCGCUCCGUUUUCUGACCAGAAAAGUGUGGCGAAUACGCCGUGUGAAGAAGGUCUGCCUGCUAAGAUCUCCGUCAAGCCAGCUAAUGGCCCACCAAAAACUAACUUGACGACCUUCGGCAAUAUACAGAUCGCUCCGUUUUCUGACCAGAAAAGUGUGGAGAAUACUCCGUGUGAAGAAGGCCCGCCCACUAAGAUCUACGUCAAGCAGGUGUCCUACUGGCCCUGCCUUUAAAUAUGCAUUUUAUAGCAAUGUUUCUAAAACCGUACUUUGUGCAAUUUGACAAAAAAAAAAGAAAGAAAAAGAAUGUUAAGUGUUUAGUUUGUGAUGUUUAAUGUUGUGUCUGAGCAUCCAACGCUCGCUGUGCUGUUGUAGUAUGUGGAAGAUGGCGGAAGGGUUAAAGGGGGGGGUAUAUCGGUGGCCCAUUGGCACACGGCCUGUGUGUUUUUAGGGAAUAGACCUCAUCUUCUGACCUUGUGAGGUCUAUUAGACCUAUACACAUCCAAAGGGGUCUCUACCGAAUGCCCUCUUUUUAAGGUCUCGUAUUUUUGUAUUGA